ACAGCCGUUGUUCUUGAAUAUGAGACAAGGAUAGAAUGAUACACCCAAGAGUCAAGAGUACUCGGGUCCUCGGUCCUCGGGUGACGUUUCCGAACGCAGCCUAGCAAUAUAUAAGUACACAGUAUAAAUUACUUAAGACACAGUCAACCCCUGGGAUUUGUGUCUAUCUGGUUAGGAAAUCGUGGUACUGUGUCCCUCAAGGGACAAAAAGCCAUAGGGAAAGAAGAAGUACACAGUAUAUACGAUGACCACAAUUUUCGAAUUUCGUACAAUCGAUCGGCAAUAAUGAGUUCCGAUCAUAUGCAGAGACGAUGGAGCAGCUUGCGGAAGGUACUAGAGAGAUCGGGCCCCUUUUGCCGGCCAGAUUUCGAACCGUCCACCGACAAUUUGCAGAUGCUCCUAGAGCAGUGUCGGGUACUCGUUGUUGGCGCCGGCGGUCUAGGAUGCGAGCUGCUUAAGAACCUCGCCCUGAUGGGAUUCAGGCACCUUCACGUUAUCGACAUGGACACGAUCGAGUUGUCUAACCUCAAUCGACAGUUUUUGUUUCGUCAUAAAGACAUUGGAUCUUACAAGGCAGAGACAGCCGCCAAGUUUAUUAACACCAGAGUUCCUGGCUGUCAUGUAAUUGCACACAAUUGUGAGAUACAAUCCAAAAGUGAGGGAUUCUUCCAAGAGUUCCACAUAAUAAUUUGUGGUUUGGAUUCGAUUGUCGCGAGGAGGUGGCUCAAUGGCAUGCUACUCUCUUUGCUUGUCUAUGAAAAUGGUGAAUUGGAUAAGACCAGUGUGGUACCUAUGAUUGAUGGCGGGACCGAGGGUUUCAAGGGAAACGUUCGAGUUGUAUUACCUGGUAUGAACCCUUGCAUUGAGUGUACUUUGGACCUUUAUCCAACGCAAGUCACAUAUCCUUUAUGUACGAUAGCCAAUACCCCACGUUUGCCUGAGCAUUGCAUAGAAUAUGUAAAAGUGAUUCAAUGGCCAAAGGAGAAUCCAUUUGAUUGUGCUAUCGACGGGGAUGAUCCCCAGCAUAUAAACUGGAUUUACGAGAAGUCAAAUGACAGAGCAGCGCAAUUUGGUAUACAGGGUUUGACAUACAGGCUUGUGCAAGGUGUUGUUAAGAAUAUCAUACCGGCGGUGGCGUCAACGAAUGCUGUUAUUGCCGCUGCCUGCGCAACAGAAGCUUUCAAACUCGCAACCAGUUGUAGCGCAUCUUUAAAUAAUUACAUGGUGCUCAAUGAUGUAGAUGGAAUUUACACAUAUAGUUAUGAGGCAGAGAAAAAAGAAAAUUGCUUGGGAUGUAGCCAGGUACCACGAGAGAUCGAAAUUAAAGAUUCGAAAUAUAAAUUACAAAAUUUAAUAGAUCUCCUUUGUGAGCGACCGGAUCUACAAAUGAAAAGUCCCGCUCUUACAGCUAAUAUAGAUGGUAAAUGUAAAACUCUGUAUAUGCAAAUGGUGGCGAGCAUCGAGGAGAAGACUCGUGAGAAUUUGACUAAGACUUUGGUCGAGUUAGGUUUAAAAGACGGUAGUGAGAUAAAUGUUGCCGAUGUCACGACUCCAAGUACAAUUACUUUGAAAUUGAGAUUUCCGCAGGGCAAUAGCGUGAAUCGAUAAUGACUGCUUUAAAAAUUUUUGAGCAUCACAUUUUCCCAUUUAUUAUGUAUUUUUGCUGAUUUAAUUUGAAAAGUAAACUAAAAAAUAAAGAUGUAUUGAAGUAUAACAGAGUUAAAAAUUACAAGAUUGUAUGUUAUAUUCUUUAUGCAAUAAUAUCACCUUAUUAUGCAAGAUAUAUUGAAAUUAAUAGAAUUGCGUAUUUCAUAGUAUUUGCAUUAAAUUGUCAAAAUUAUUAAUUUGUUAACUAAUAUUGAUGGCUCUUUAGUCGAACACAACAAAUAUGCAUACACAGUAUUCUAAAAUCAUUGGAAAUCUCUCUUCAGUAAUACAUUUGUUUAUUAGUUUUUUUUUUAUGUUAAAGGAUUAAUAAUUUUUGAAUUUGAAAGAAUUUUUUGCAAACUAAGUUUAGAAAAAAUUAAGUUAUAUCUUGCAUUUAAUAUUUAACGGAAUUUAAGGAAAGAUAUAUAGAUACAAAAAAGUGUAAUUUAAAAAAUUGGAAUUGCAAUAAAUGACUUUGAUAUUUUCA